AGAUGCACAUUUCCCGCAGUGAGCUGCAGUUACUCCUGACGGGGAUAGUUUGUAUUACAGAGUUUCAUGCUGUACUAUCCACUCUACAGAAAGAUGCUAAGUGUGGGCAGAAAGUUCAAGAGACAACACCAUGGAAUUAUCUUAACCUUUUUACUCGGAUUGUUGGGGGAAACCAGGUGAAACAAGGCUCACAUCCAUGGCAGGUUUCCUUGAAACGAAGGCAAAAGCAUUUCUGCGGCGGCACCAUUGUUUCUGCUCAGUGGGUAGUCACAGCAGCUCACUGCAUCUUGGACAGGAACCUACUCCAGUACUUGAAUGUCACUGCAGGAGAGCAUGAUUUAAGGAUCAGGGAGAAUGAUGAGCAGACGCUCCCUGUUAAAUAUGUCAUUAAGCAUCCAGACUUUGACCCCAGAAGGCCGAUGAACUAUGACAUUGCCCUUCUGAAGCUGGAUGGAGCCUUCAACUUCAGCUCAUCGGUUUUGCCAGCAUGUCUUCCUAAUCCAGGUGAAAAGUUUGAGGCAGGAUAUAUCUGCACUGCUUGUGGUUGGGGCCGUUUAAAUGAGAAUGGAGUACUCUCUCAGGUUUUAUAUGAAGUCAAUCUACCAAUCUUAAACAGUAAGGAGUGUUCAAGAGCUUUAUCAACUUUAAAGAAACCCAUCCAAGGUGACACUAUAAUGUGUGCUGGAUUUCCAGAUGGGGGAAAAGAUGCCUGCCAGGGAGACUCGGGAGGCCCUCUUUUGUGCCGACGUAAGCAUGGUGCCUGGACUCUUGCUGGUGUGAUCUCCUGGGGGAUGGGUUGUGCUCGUGGCUGGAUAAGUAAUGAGAAGAAGAAACAUUAUAACAGAGGAUCUCCGGGAAUAUUCACAGACCUCAGUGCGGUGCUUCCCUGGAUUCAGGAGAACAUGAGUGCUGAUGUGAAAAUGAAAAGCUCCACAGCAUUUUGUAGCAUUCAGGAUGGCAAACUCCCUGACAGUGAAGGAGAAUUAAAUUUUCCUGGAAGUUCCAAACAGUUCUAUCAAAACCACCAAUUGUGCGUGUGGACUCUCUUUGUACCAGAAGAGAAUUAUAUAUUGCUUAAUUUUUCCCACUUUGAUAUAGAGCCAGAAACAUUCUGUGACUAUGAUUCUUUAUCAGUCUAUUCAAAAGACAACAGACUUGUUGGGAAGUUCUGUGGAGGAGAUAUUGCAUUACCAAUUUUGAUUGGCUCCAAUAGUGUAAGGCUGAAAUUUGUUUCUGACAACAAGGAUUAUGGAACUGGUUUUUCCAUGACCUACAAAGCUGUUACAUCAGAUAUUCUUCCUGAUUCUGGCUGUGAGUCCUUAUCUGUCCUUUUUGAAGAAGGGGUGUUACAAAGUAUGCACUACCCAGAGCACUACAGCAACAUGGCAGACUGUCAGUGGAUUAUCUGUGCACCAGAGGACCAUGUAAUCAAGCUUACUUACCAAUCUUUUGAAGUAGAAGAGAGUGAAGAUUGCUCUUAUGAUGCCGUGACUGUGUAUGAAGAUGUGGGAAAAGAGGAGGAAAUUGCAAAGUCUUGUGGAUUUGCCCUACCAGCACCUGUUUUAAGCUCCUCUGCUAUGAUGCUGAUUGUUUUUCACUCUGAUGAAACAGAGACCUUUGGAGGAUUCAGAGCUACAAUCUCUUUUGUUCAUGUAACAGAUUUAGAUACUUUGGAUUCAACUAGUGAAGAAGAAUUUGAAGAUAUGGAUAUGACUGAAGAAGAAUUACAGGUUACAGCAGAUGGUAUUUGUGGAAUGCCUUCAAAUCAGCCCAGGUUCAUCUUCAGUAGGAUAAUUGGAGGUGAAGAAGCUGUACCAUACUCAUGGCCUUGGCAGGUCAGUGUACAAAUUUCAGAUGAGCAUAUCUGUGGAGGAGCAGUUCUUGCCAAAGAAUGGGUUGUCACAGCUGCUCACUGCUUUAAUUCUAAGCAACAAUACAGAGACUUAUGGACGGUGGUAACAGGACUUCAUGAUCUUGCAGACCAAGAAUACAGACAGAAAAGGUCAGUAAAGCAGUAUAUUAUACAUCCAAGUUUUAACAAGACCACUAUGGACUCUGAUAUCGCCCUACUGCAACUGGCCGAGCCCUUCGAAUUCAACCGCUACGUGCGCCCAGUGUGCCUCCCUGCCAAGGAGGCGGUGGUGGUUCAGCCCUCGAGGGUGUGCGUUGUCACUGGAUGGGGUGCACAUGAAGAAGACAGAGAAAAGGGGAAAAAACUGCAUCAGCUGGAAGUCCCCAUCCUGGUGCUUGACACAUGUCAGAACUAUUACAUAAACAUUCCCAAUCAAGUGACCCAGAGGAUGAUCUGUGCUGGAUUCCCUCUGGAACAAGGCAAGGACUCAUGCACAGGUGAUUCUGGUGGCCCAUUAGUUUGCCCUUCAGAAGAUAACUCGGGGUUUUACACCCUUCAUGGAAUCACUAGCUGGGGCUUAGGAUGUGGGAGGAAGAGCUACCCAGGAGUAUACACAAACGUUGGUGUUUUUGUUGACUGGAUCAAGCAGAGCGUUAACAGUAGUGAUCUUCCCAUGGUGUGACCGUCAAAAGAGCAAUUCUGAUGGACCACAUUGUAAAACAUUUCCAAAGCACAAAUGUCAUUGAAAGCAAAAUUUGGUUAGAGUGUAUUAGUUCAUGAUUGAUGAACAGAUUCCGAAGGAGGGGAUACUUACCCUGGUGAACUUACGGCCAAUUUGCCUGAAUUGAAUUUGGAUUUACAUGUGUGUGCUUGGGGCAGACGGAAGUUACUUUCAGGCUUCUCACACUCUGUUAACCUAUUUUACAAGGAAAGAGAGGGAAAAUAAGGCACAAUAUGCCAAGCAUGUCCUUGAAUGUAGUACUGGAGAGCAUAAAAAUACUACAGAAAUGAGGUUAAGUGUACAACAGCUGAAGGGGCUGCCAGUCAUCCUUCCUUUCAGGCCAGUGAGGGUGUUACCCCUGGCUCUGAGGGGACCUGGGCAGUGGUAGUAGUAGUGCAUUACUGAGGAGCAGAAGAACAUUGUCUAGUCAUUAGUGAUGUGCAUCAGUCCAAUUGCUGGGAAAAGGAUAUUUUUAAUACAGUUCCUGUUUUAACAAAUUCAGUGUUGUUUAAACACACAGAAGUGUUUGAAAGACGGGUGUUACUGGUCAAGGGCCUUUGGCACCAUGCAAGAACUGACAGCUAUCCUAAUUAAUCUAUACAUGUAAAUAAAGAGCUACUGUGUAAUCCACACACUGCAAACUGAGCACAUUUACUUGUAAAUAGUAGUUUGUUUAAUGCCCAAAUGGUUGCUUACACAAGAAAUUGUGAUGACAGGCUCCAGUUAACUUUACAGACCGUUCUGUGUGCAGUCUUAGUGUUUAGAAACUACAUCAGCAUGGUAGUACAACAGGUAACGCAACUACAGUCCUUCUUUGACUUGAUGUUCUGGAAAAUAACUAGAAAAUAUGUAAGAGGUCUCAUUUUGUUUCUUUUGAUAUUAAUGGCAAAAAUCUUUAGAGGUGUAUUUCUCAUACAUGCAUUUGAUGACAGUAACCCUACUUUUUUGAUUACAUUCGUUUAGAAGUUCUGAUUUUUUUUAAAUAUAUAAUUUUAUUCUUUAUCUGGGGAGAAAAGUAAUCUCUCUAUUCUCAAAUGAAUAUGGUAAAUGUUUUUCACCAGUUUCUUCCCUUCACUGUAAAGUUUUAGGCAAAAGCCCACAAAAUAAUCUGGAGAAUGAGCUUUCUAUGAAACUAUGAAAAUAGUUCAUGGUGGAAGGACUAUGGACAAAAUCAGAUUAAGUGUAAGGCACAGCUGUAUUACAUUAUUGAUAGGUUAUGCUUAUUCUGUCUUUGAUCAGCACUCUGAAGAGGUCUUCAGAGAGCAAUGGAGGGAAAAUAUUCUUUGUAAUUUUUCAUUAUGGAAAUGUUCAGGUAUGGUGGAAGUUGCUCUUAGCUAACUAUCACUUUAACUGUGCUGGGAGCAGAUGUGUCUAAUCACUUGGUUGUUAUUCUGUUUUGCUUAACAGGAACAAGAUGAUUUAAAAUACCUGUAAAGUUUUUAUUUGCUCAUUAAUUUAAUAUUAAUAAUCAGGGCUAUCAGGUGGGUGUGUUCAGAAAAAUCAAAAGGUGGUGAGAGGACUACAAGUGGUAUCAGCUAUGCUAGCCCUAUGGAAUGCAGUGGUAAUAUGCUGAUAAAUUGAUCUAUUAAAAAAAUUCCUUUCAUAUAUUUGUAAUGCUAUCUUAAAUUAUUUGUAUUUGAUUUGAUUAAGGUACUUUUUGCUUGACUGCAUGAUUUUGACCUCUUGUGUUUUUCCUACUAUGAUUUUACAAGUAGUCUAGUCUUGCUUUUGUUUGUUGUAUCCGUUUAGUCCUUUGUAAGCUGCCUGUAUCUUUUAGCAAUAACGUGAACUGUUUUGCGCUGCAAAUUAAAUCUGAUUUUAAAAAAAUUUACUUUCAGUGGAGUUCAUGUAAUGGAAUUGUAUUUUAGUUUUCACAAAACUUAUAUGAAGUCCAUUUUAAUUCUUGACAGUUGUUAUAUGAGGCUUUCCUGAACCCUACAGGCAAAAGGUAGGAUACAGGUAGCCUGCCUGAAUACUGAGGUAGGUUCAGGUUCCCCAUGUGCUUAAAAUCUGGGUGUGAAACCUUCUUCUGUUAGCAUGUGAGUAAAAAUAUCUUCUUUGUAAUGUUGUAGGGAAGCAAAUGAAGCCUCCUUGCAUUGUUCAUUGGCACUAAAUAUUUAGAAUAAAAUUCUAUGUCCAAAAA